UAAUGAACUCUUUAAUAAAAAAAUAUUUCAAUCAAAUUGCAUAUGGAAACUUAGAAGCUCCUUUGACAAAUCCAGAGAGAGUUCUAGAAGUUGGAAAUCUAGUAUUAAUAAUAUCUCAAUUUUUGAAUGAUAAGGAAUUACUAUGCUUUAUUUAAGUAAAGAAAGAAUUGUUAAUAUAUUGAUAGAUUAAUAAAAAAAUUCGAUAAUUAUCAAAAGAAUGUAAUCAAUUGAAUAUUAGGGUACUAGAAAUAAGAUUGUAAAAACAAACUCUAAUUUUAGAUGUAUAUGUAUAAAAUAAUUUAAGAAUUACAUUCAAAAUCCUGAAUACUUAAAUACUAAACAUAAUAAUGACUAUAUGUUCUAUAGCUUUAAUAAUAUUUCUAUGGAGUAAAAACAAUUUAUAAAAAUCUAAGACAUAUUAAGUAGAAAAAAGAAAUAAUAGUCAGAAUUAUAAAUAUAAUAAUAAGAAUAGAGAAAAUAGAAAUAAGAAAAGCAAAUAGAAGUGACAAAUCUUAAAUAAAUCAAUAAUUAAAAAAGUGUAGAAAAGAAAAUAGAAUUGGAAAAAUUGAUUAGUGAAGUAUAUUCAUUAUUGAAUGAAGAAGAGCCUAAACCAUUGCCAAAACCAAAUUUUAAAUUAGUAUUAAAUAAAAUAUUAUGAUAAUAGAAUGAUUUAACUAAAAACUUAUGUCCAAUAGUGUAAUAUUAGAGAGUUAAAUAAUUGGCAUAGAAAUUAAGAGGAUCCUAAUAAAGAGAUGUUAAUUAUAUCUGAAAUAAAAUGAUAAUUUUAAUUAUUAAAAUAAAUUUUAAAAUUUUUAUCAAUUUUUAUAGGUUAGGUAUUGUGCCAAUUAUGCUUGUAACCUAAAAAAUAUGAUUAAUAUUAAUUUUAGAUUAAUUAAAUAUCAGAUUAAAAAUGGAAUUAUGAUAAUAUACAAUAAUGUAAGAAUUAAUUUAAAGUAUUUUGUAAAUUACAAUUGUUCAGCUACAACAUCCAAUUUAAAAGAUAUAGAAAGUUCACUCAUACUUUUAGUAGAUUUAAAAAUAAUUUUGGAUAUACCUGGAAAUUUAACUAUAAAAACGAAUAGAAAAGUGGUCCAACAUUAUAAUAUUUGACUGAUGGUUAGGGUAUAAAUAAUUAAGUAUCUUAUCAAUCUAAAUUCUUUUAAUUUACUUUUGCUGAGCAUAACUUUGCAAUUUAAUCUGAGACACCUAAUGGAGAAUUGUAAAUAUUUAUGAUCUAGGAUUAAGUGUAUUAAUUAUGUGAUGUUCAACCAAUUUAUUCAGUUAUUUCAUUUCUCAUCUACAAAUUAUAAGAAUGAUAGCCACUAAAAUUCAGU